UUUCCAAUCAGUUUAACUGCCUCUCAGACCCAAGGCAUAAUUACAACGCUUAAUAUUACUCUAGUUGGUGAGGGUUCUUCACGAUGUUUUGUCUUCUUCUCACAUGUGUUCUGGUGGCUGCAGCUUCGGCUGGAAGAUCACCUCAUGCAGACUAUGUCGAAGAGUAUUUGAAGGCUAAGGGCGCUGGAAGAUAUUCGGAUAACAUUAUUGAAGACGCACUCCUGGACAUCCCAGAACUAGUCGCCAAAUACGGGUAUCCGUUCGAAGCGCACUCUGUCACCACCACGGAUGCCUACAUUCUGGAGGUCCACCGGAUACCUCACGGGAGAGAUCAGAAUAAUACCCCAAACCCCAACAAACCUGUGGCCUUCUUGAUGCAUGGCUUAUACUCCUCAUCUGCUGACUUUAUAGUGCUAGGCCCUGGAAGUGCUCUAGCUUACCUACUCGCUGAAGCCGGCUUCGACGUUUGGUUAGGCAACGCGCGAGGCAACUACUACUCCAGACGUCAUCAAACCCUCAACCCUGACGGUGGGAGACGCGACCUGGACUUCUGGAGGUUCAGCUGGGAUGAAAUCGGCAAUUUAGACCUUCCAGUAGUCAUAGACUAUGUCAUUGCUACUACUGGACAGCCGAAAUUACAUUACAUUGGACAUUCCCAAGGUGGUACCACGUUUUUGGUUCUGAACUCCUUGAAUCCAGAGUACAAUGAGAAGUUCCACAGCUUCCAGGCGUUGGCUCCUGCAGCUUUCUUUAUUUACAACGAAGAUCCGUCGUACAGGAUUCUAGCACCAUUGGAAGCAGUACUUGAGGACACUUUGUUCGCUCUUGGCGUUGUUGAGAUCCUGGGUAAUAGGGAGUUCUUCACCUGGUUCUCUGUCAACUUUUGCGUUGAUGGUGUCACUGCUGAUUUUUGCAACGAAAUCCUGUAUAGAGGUGAUCCAGAAUUCUAUAAUACUACGAUGACACCUUUACUUCUGGGACACGCUCCGGCUGGCGCCUCCAUCCUCCAAAUGAUCCAUUACGGCCAGAGCAUCAACUCCAAGAAAUUCAGGCGGUUCAACUAUCUUCCCAUCAAAAACAUCGAAGUCUACGGUCGCCCUACUCCCCCUGAUUACGAUCUUAACAGAGUCACCGUACCUACCUAUCUCCACUAUGGCUACGCUGAUCUACAAGCUGAUUACAGAGACAUAAACUAUCUGGGAGAUAUGCUGCCGAAUGUAGCUGGCAGAAUACCAGUUCCCAGAGAGAGUUUCAAUCACUUGGACUUCAUUUGGGGAAUCGAUGCGAAGGCGCAGUUGUAUGAUAAAUUAAUUGAGAUCAUGUUUAGCUACCACUGAUGAUGUUAUUUGUUUAAUUAAAUAAAAAAACAAAUGAAUACAUUGUU